UUUAAUCUGGUGAAGCCGCGGUGUUGCACUCUACAGAGUUAGUGGCCUUUGUCAAUUUAAUUUACUGGUCUGAAAAUCAUUGAAAUAUCAUAUUGAAACAAUAAGGAUCUGUUAUUUAAGCUAUUUGAAAUACGAAAAGGGGCUUGAAUCGUGCUGUGCUACGUUCUGUAGGAGACUUUCUUUGCUUUCGCUUUUAUUUAAGAAGAAACACUGCAAGGCGUGGAGCGUCUCUGCUUGAAAGAGUGCGAGGAAAAAUCCAAAAUGUUUCGUUGGAAUCCAGGAGGUAUCUUUUACAUAUUCGUCCUGUUUUGCAUCCUCAACAAAAGCAUUGUAGAUCCUUUUAAAGUGAAUUGCACUUCUUCUUACAUUAUAAAUCUAAAUGGGAAUGCCACCCUUUCCUGCGUUGUUGAAGAGAAUGAAGAUGAUGAGGUGGCCAUUGUCACUUGGGCUAAAGAUAAAAUCAUCUUGGCUGAAUAUACUGCACAAACAACAGAAAAAAGAAUAUCUGAAUCACCCAGAUUUUUUGUCUUUGAGGACCACAUAAAAAAGGGAGACAUAUCUUUGACCAUCAUCGGCGUGCAGAAGACGGACCAGGGGACCUACCAGUAUGCAGUUGGCACCUCAAAGGCGUAUCGUUCUGGCGAAGUGAAUGUACAAGUCUUUGAUGCAGCUAUUCCUUAUCAGCAGAACUCUUUUGUGAAUGAGAACUUCAUCCUGCAUUGUAAACUCCCAGUCUUACUCAGUGAACAGGUCAUACACUUCACAUGGAGUAAAGGCAACAGGACCUUAACAGCGUAUACCAAAGGGGAGGAGAGAGAUGAGACAUCGGGAUUGCUCCGAUACCAUCUGGAAAUGAAUCGUGUUCAUGAGGGAGACAUCGCCAUGAGCAUAAGCAAGGUGCUGGAGUCUGAUGCGGGAACCUACCUCUACAGCCUGGAAACUGAUAAGGGGCGCUACACUGGGGAAGUGGAACUUUAUGUGUCCACCCCUCUUGAAAUAAAAUGCAAUCAUCCAGAAACUGUCCAAGUUAAUUCAGAAGCAGCAAUUAUCUGUCACGUUGUGGAGCUCUAUGGAGAGAAGUUGACCAGAGUGAAGUGGAGCAAAGACAACGAGGUCCUUGUGGAAUAUUCUAGGAAGGACACACAGUGGACAAUCAGAGCAUUACCUGGAUUUAGACUAUCGAAGGACUUAAUCAGCGAAGGCAACGUUUCCCUCAUCAUCAGUAACUUGCAAGGAGCAGACCAGGGGAUCUUUAAGUAUUUGGUUAGCACUACAAAAGCAUCUAAGGAGGGUGAAGUGAUGCUCCUUGUAGACUACAAAGCAAACCACUUGUGGUGGCUACUUGUUCUACUGCUUGUCCCAGUGAUUUUGUUCAUCAUUUACUGUAAAUGGAGGAUAUCCAGAAAUUAGAGACACCAGCUCUUCAAUGACGAGACCAACAGAAAACUGAACAAAACAAAAUGAGAAUUUACAAAAGUUUUAGGUGGACAAUAAUCUUAUUUAAGAAGUUCUGAUGAAAAUACUUGAACGUCAUGUAGAGUCUUUUAGAUGCUGGCUGACAUUCAGAGUCUGAAGUCCUUUGAUAUCUCAGGUGCAGUUCAGAUACAGAGCUCCACACGCUUUCAUAUGGCUGAUGUGAAUCCUCUGAUGUUUCUGUAAAUGUGUUAAAUAUUACUCAUUACUAGGUGUUCUGACAGGACCAUGGAUCCCAAACUAUCAAAAAAACAUUAGCUUUCUUAACUGAUCACUUACUACUUUCAUAAACUAACAAAAAUAUUUCUCAUUUUU